CAAACAACAAGAGGAGCAGCGACUAGGAGCCAGCAGACACAUACUGAUACGCAGCUGCGACCGUUGGAGGCGAGGGGGAAAAAUAAUAAAUAAAAUACAGAGCGCGACUUUCUGAAAGUACGAUUCUGUCGAAUGAAUACGUUUACAGUGUUUAAAGAGACCAAUGCAUUCGUUAUAUUGGCUGUAGAGACGCCGUGCAGACAUCCAGUCUGGUAGCUAUAAACAGUGAAGUGGUGCAAAAGGAGGAGGACAGGAAAUAAAGGAGUUACCUGGAGGGUCUCCAUCAAUCCACAUUUCAGUUGGAGGGAGAGAGAGGCACCGAGAGAGAGAGAGAGAGAGAGAGAGAGAAAGGAGAAGAGGAGUGCGGGUCGCGUCUGCUCCUGGCAGCUGUUCCAGCAGCCUAUUCAUUGUUUUGGCUGUUCGUUCCCGAGUUUUCUUUUUGAUGAAUCAGUUCAUAUUUUAAACUCUAAUGUGAGGUAUUACUGCUGUAAAGAAAAAAAAGAAAACAGUUUUAUUUUGUUCCAUUGUUAAUUUCCAAGGUUCUUUUGUUUCUUUUUUAUGUUUAACAACUUUUUUCGGCUGUGAGUAGCAGGAGCUUCCAUUCUCCAAACUAUUGUUGAACCCCCUUCCUUAACUAGUUAGGACCUGAUAACCUGGUAUUCCUCAAGCACCUGAAACUGGCAGCUAUUCUCUUUGUGUCUGUGUGUUUGGGGAGCUCUGUGACCACAGCUUAAGCACCACUCAGCCUUCUAGUCACCUAAGCCUAACUAAAGCAAGCCAGCUCUAGCCUGGUCCAGCCCAGUCCAGCCUGCUCCGAUCAUCUGGACAGGAUACUCAGUUCUGUGUGGACGUGAGGAAUAUGACUGCUGAGACUCUUAACUUCGGCCCAGAAUGGCUCCGUGCACUGUCCAGUGGGGGGAGUGUGACGUCCCCCCCUCCUUCCCCUGCCAUGCCAAAGUACAAGCUGGCCGAGUAUCGCUACGGCCGAGAGGAGAUGUUAGCACUUUAUAUCAAAGACAACAAGGUCCCAGAGGACAUGCAGGAUAAGGAGUUUGCUGCUAUUCUGCAAGAUGAGCCCAUGCAGCCACUGGCACUGGUGCCUCUCACUGAGGAGGAGCAGAGGAACUUCUCCAUGUCUGUGAACAGUGUGGCGGUGCUGAGGCUCAUGGGAAAAGGGGUUGGCGGGGCUGCCCCAGCUGGAGUGGUCCGAGGACGAGGGGCCACACGUGGUGGCCGAGGACGUGGUCGUGGUGAAGGGGGUUUCUACCAAAGAAGUAUUGAAGAUGCAGAGGUGGGUUUUGGCCGCAGUGUGCGAGAGAUCCACCGCAGCCAGAGCUGGGAUGACCGGGGUGAGCGUCGCUUUGAAAAGCCGCUGCGUCGAGAGGUGGGACGUCCUGGCUUUGAAGAGUCUGGAGGCUCCUCCGGUCCUCUGAGGAAGGAGUACGCGAGGGCUGACAGUGAUAACUGGCGCACCCUGCGAGAGGAACAGGAGGAAGAGGAGGCUGAGCCGGGUAGCAACUGGAGACUUACUGGACCUCGCAGGGAUGAUGGUGGUCCUCGCUCAGCAGGCUGGCGGGACCAUGGUGGUCCAGGCGAGAGUCGCAGGAGGAAGUUUGAUUUCGACUUCCGGGACUCUGAGGGUCAUGGCGGUGGACGCCGUCGUGCAGGCAGCGAGGGGCUGGAGGAUGACAGGGACGGCCUGCCCGAGUGGUGUACAGAUGAGGAGGAUGGGGAGAUGCCUGGCACGUUUGACUCUUCUGGAGCUUUCAUGCCCAUGAAGAAGGGUGGCAAGGAGACAAUCCUGGAGGAGGAGUUGGAGUUUAAGGGGAUAGAAGAGGUGGAGGAGGAGGAGAGCCUUGGUGACACUGGGAGGAACAGUGCAGAGGGAGAUAAAGAGAAGGAGAGUAAAGAUGCUGGCUCUGCUGUAGGUGAUGGAGAGACAAAGCCAGCAUCACCCUCCUCCUCUCCUCCAGUCCACUGUGCCCCUCAGUUCCUGGAAACCCGGCCCACUAACACCGGCCCAUCGGUGGAUAACCUCCAGCUGAACAACAGCCAUGCUGUCAAGGCCAACAGCACACCUGGUGAAGAUGUGGCUCCAGUAGGGGGCUCCAAGCCGCAGCUGAGCCCAAGCACUGCCACUUCUUCCAGUCUCCCUCCCCCACCCCCUUCCUCUGCAGCCCCUCAUCUCCCUCCAGCUGGAGGAGACGCAGAGGACGAUGAGGGCAUGAAGCACCUGCAGCAGGAGGCAGAGAAGAUGGUGGCCUCGCUUCAGGACACUUCAUUGGAGGAGGAAUGCUUCACCCAGGCUCUGCAGCAGCAGCAGGAGAGCAGGAACACUGCAGCAGCUCUGCCGCUAUCACAUGAGGCUGCCAUGAAGUGGUUCUACAAGGACCCACAGGGAGAGAUCCAGGGUCCCUUCACCACUGUGGAGAUGUGCGAGUGGUUCCAGGCAGGCUACUUCACCAUGACCCUGCUGGUGAAGCGGGGUUGCGACGAGGGCUUCCAACCCCUGGGGGACGUCAUCAAGAUGUGGGGCCGCGUGCCCUUCGCCCCAGGGCCCUCUCCGCCGCCCCUGCUGGUGAGACAGCCACCACCAACGCAGCGCCCGCAGCCCACCCGGGGGCCCGCCGGGACUGUGAGUCAGAGCUCAGCCAACGUAGAGGAUGGGGAAGGGAGGAUGCAGAGGAGAGGGAAGAUUGAUAGACAGGUUACGGGAAACCUGGACCAGGAGCGCCUGAAAAAGCAACAGGAGCUGGCAGCAGCAGCUCUUUAUCAGCAGCUCCAACAGCAGCAGCUAUUCCAGCUCAUUAACAGGUGCAGUGAGCCGGGUAUGAUGCCUUCGAUUAACAGAUCGAUGUCAGUGCCAGAUACAGGGUCCAUGUGGGACAUGCAUACCUCAGCUUCACAGCCGUCAGGCGGUGAAGCCAGUCUUUGGGACAUAACAAUGAAUCCUUCUACUCAGGGUCCAACUCUCGAACAGCUUCAAAAGCUCCAGCAGGAGAGACGAGACGCUGAACUCAGGGCAAAGCGGGAGGAGGAGGAGCAGCGUAAGAGGAGGGAGGAGAAGAGGAGGCAACAGGAGGAGCAGAAGAGGAGGGAGGAAGAUGAGCUCUUCAGACGCAAGCAGUGUCGUCAGCAGCAAGAACUUAUCAUGAAGUUGCUGCAGGCCCCCCAGCAGCAGGGUCCUGGGGCAGGUGGCUCAGGUUGGAGUGGAGCUCCCUCCUCUGGGCUUGCCAAGGCAGGGAAGCCCCAGGCCCUGGCUCUGCUGGAAAUGCAGCAGGAGACCGAGAGGCUCCUGAAGCAGCAGCAGCAGCAACAGAGAGCCCAACAGCAGAGAGAACGCCACUGUGGCAUGCCCAUGGGGAGCUCCUCCAUGGGAGGGCAGUGGGUGGAAGGUGUUGGCAUGUGGGGUGCUCCUGGAGGUAUGGAGGGUAAAGGUGGCAGCGGUGGCUCUUCAGGCAGCAUGGGCAUGUGGGACGAGGCUGUGAAGAAUCAGUCUGGCCUCCGUGGCAACAGCAACAAUAACAUGGGCCUGAAGAAUAGCCGCAGCAGCCCCUCACUCAGUGAGCAGUACAUGAUGCGUCGUAAGCGGACUGAGGACGAGGAAAAGCUGCUGAAGCUCCUGCAGGGCAUGAAGCCUCAGGAUGGCUUCACCACCUGGUGUGAACAGAUGCUGCAUGCUCUCAACACCUCUGUCAACAACUCUUCCUCCUCAGUAGAUGUCGCCACAAUUGUGGCAUAUCUGAAGGAGGUAGAGUCUCCCUAUGCAGUGCUGGACUUCAUCCGGUCCUACCUGGGGGACACAGUGGAAGCCAAAGAGUUCGCCAAACAGUUUCUGGAGCGACGUGCCAAACAGAAAGCCAACCAACAGAGACAGCAGCAGCAGUUAUCAAAAGAAGUGGCUGGAAUGAACAUGAACUUCCCUCUGCAGGAUUCAAUGCGAGGUAUGAAUCCAAGCACCCUGCAGUCUAUGUUUCAAGCCAACCACAUGAGCAAGGCUGGUCUCUAUGACAACCAGGGGGGAAAGAUGAAGAAGAAACAGCCCAUGAUGCUGCACUCUGACCCCAGCAUCUUAGGGUACUCAUUCCACAACGCGGGCGACUGUCUGAGCCUGAAUGAGAUGGAGAUGGUGGAGGAUUACUGAUGUGACGCAGCGCAGCAGCAAUAGCUACCUGAGGCCUUCUGUCUUUUAAUCAGACAAACCUGAUGACGAAUGUGCACUGCUGGGGGAACCAAGGGGUGGGGAUAGGAAGGGAGCAAGCAUAAGGGGAGGUAUAGUGGGGAAGGUGCCUGGAACUGCACCGCCCACUCUUUCCUUCCCUCUGGGAAGAAUAAAGGGCUCCCUGCUGUACCAGUUGAUCACUUGAGCAUGGGAGAGGGGGGUGAAUAGGGGUGAGGUUAAAAGGAAGAUGGGUAUCCUCUGGCACUCAAAAGAUUAAGCACCUUAUACUGAACUAAUGCACUUUAUUGAGAUGGGAUUUGAAUAGUUUUUUUUUCUUUUUGUGUGUGUGUUGGGAAUUAGGGCACAUAACACAUGAUCUGUGUGCAUGUGCAGUGGAACUGGAAGGGAGUGGUGAAAGAGUUGGUGGGGUGAAUGGUCGGGACGGUAGGUUUUUGAAGUCAGGGGGACCCUUAGUUGAAACCUUAUCAGAAAGCAAAUCCUUUCUCAAAAGACAAACACUGUUGAUAUUUCUCUUGUUUAGCAUUUUUUUACGUUUAUACAAAAAGUAAAGCUAUUGAAAAAUGGAUUAUAAAAAACUUGAAGAUUUGCACUUGCCUAAAAAAGACAUAAGAAAAACAACAAAAAAAUCAAACAAAUGGGGUUAGUUAUAGAAGUGAAUAUUUUUUGAAUGUGUCUGAAUGACUGUGAGUGACUGAUGUGUGAUGGUUGGUUUGUGUCAGUAAUAUACCAGUCUGCACAAUGUUUUUUUUUCUUCUUUUUUGUUGCUUACCAAGAUGUAUAAAACAUAAGAGGCCAUUUUAUGUCUUUUUGUUCAAAUGGUAAUUUUGUAUUCUCAUGUUAAGAGUGUGUGUUUCCCUUCUCCAAAUAGGGACUUGGUUUGUUUGUGUUGAGUGUGUGAUUGAGAGAGAGAGAGAGAGGCCAAUUGCACAACACAUCCUUUCUCUCACCAGCUCUUCAUCCCCUGAUAGAUGAAAUAGAAAUGCAUACAUUUGUAAAUGUUAGCUUUGCGCUCAUCACAUGAUGACCACCACUAGUUUAUUUCCCUUAGCUUCUCCGCAUGGAGAGCUGUCUGCAGACCUGUGAGGACUCGCAGACAGAGCGAAUCAUGAGGGACAUUACUGUGUGUGCAUCAGAAUGAGACUGUGUGCAUGUUUGUGUGAGUGCGUUUUCAGUGUGCAUGUUCAUUUACUGUUCAUAGAAAUGAGUUAAGACUACAGGUACUCAUUUUGAAUACAUGUGCUUUUUUGUAUGUGUAUGAAUGCACAUUUGUGCCUAAGAACUCUGAUAGGGUGCGUGGCCAUUGAGACAUUAACUCUUUUUUGAGAGCGAGUGUGACGUGUGUCAGUGCUCAGCACAGUGUAUGUAAGUUUAUAUCGUAAAUAUUUCUAGUUCAGUCUAGGGGUGAUCCAUCAGAAGGUUAGUCCAGUCUUUUCCUGGGGUGUGAUCACGUUGCCUUUUGUCAGCUCUCGAACUUGUGAAUGAAAGGUGUCGAGUUUCUGACUCUGAAAAAAAAAAAUACAGCAUCUUAAUGUGCAAGUGCACAGAAGGGUGCAUGAAAUGUUAGCAUAUUGUGUUACUUAUUCGUUGUUGCAAUUUGAUAAUGACGAGUUUUCUUUUUUUAAUGAAAAAUAUAUAUGAAUAUAUACAUUAUAUACAAAGUUUAAAAAGUAUUUGGACUAAGAUGAUGAGCACUUGGGGCUGCUAUUUUUGUUGUGUUUUAAUUUUUUUCCUUAAUUUGUUUUUCUUUUUUUUUUUUUUGUUUUAUUAUCGCCAUGUGAAGUGUGUGUAUUUUUUCCUUCUUAAGAAAAUAUUGAAUGUAUUCCAAAAAAAUUACAAGAAACCCGUGCUGAUACCAGAUUUUUUUUCCUCAGAAGAUUUCAAAAAUGGAAACAAAAUACAAAAAAGCUUCAAAGAGUUUAAGGAGGACUUUUUUACAAAGUGGAGAAGAAAAAAAACCUUGGGAUGGAUACAGUUGAACACACUGCCUCUACAAUCCUGGUCGUACAAAAAAAUGACUGUAUAUUAAAAGAAAGGACUCUUUCUAUUCCAUACUGGAGUUUUGGUUGUUUACAAACCACAUGGAUAUUUGUGGGUGCAGUUUUUUUUUGUUUUCUUUUUUUUUUUUUUCUUUGUUUUUGUUCCCACAUAAGACGGGUGGGGUUUGCAAGUGCGCUUCUGCCAUAUGGACAUUGAGUGGUGUUGGUUUGAGGAGGAGUUGCAGGCAUAACAACGACAUGGACAAGAUCCUUUAACUGGACCUUAUGUGUGGUUGUGCAGCCUGAAACGUGAUGAUCAAACGUGGAGCAGUGGCAUGAAAAAUCAAGGAUGGGCUCUGACUUGUAAAGAACAGAGUGCAGGGCAGCAAAACCCUGGAGGGAACUUGGAGGGAGAUACAAGUACACCUGGUUAGUGCACUUGUCUUCACCUCGACCCUCAAAAGCACUCAUACCCUGCCCUCACCAACACACCUAUGCACUUUUGUUCAUUCAAGCUGUGAGGUACCUUUUUGGGGAUGGGAGCACAAUUUCAACAGGAGGAUUGCUACGACUUUGACAAAGUCACUGAAAAAAAUAUUCCCAAACUGAAACAAGAGACUCAAGAAGCUUCGUCUUCUGCCACCUCCUGUAUAUAACCAUAUUUUUGUAUUAUCUUUCAGAUUAGAAAGAAAAUUUGAAAAAUGGAUGAAGGAAAAAUUCAUGAGACAUUGCUUAUAUGGAGUGAAUGUUCUUCAAGAAAACCCAAUCUUUUUUUGAAUAUAGUUUGAGAUAGACUCGCUGAGUUUCCCUUAGUUUGCCAGUAACCCUGAAAUAAUCAGGGAUGGAAGGGAAAACCAUAUGGACAAAGACUGUGGUGCUGGCUCAAAGACUGACUGAAAGCUACUUAUCAAAAUGGAUGUUGUUGCAGUUGCUACAAAGAGCCUCACCAAGAGUUUUCGAUCAACAUGCAGAAUAAAGAGGCGGGCGCAGGUUUGAGGAGCUGUUGGCAAGGAUGCUUCCACUUCGUCUACCAACCUGAUGACUCUUGAGAGCUGUGGAGUGACUGCAGAAGGAACAAUCCUUGGCAUUGGAUUCUGGCUGUGCUUUAUUUGCUGCCCUCUGAAAGGAGGAUCUUAUCUACAGCCAACCCAUGAACCAGUUAACCCUUAACCUGUCCUUUGAACUUAACCCCUAAGAAACUUUUCUGUCUAAAGUUGGACUGGGCGCACCAGUGGCAUUAUCAGUUGGAGAGUUACCAGAUAAAAUUACAGGUUUAUUGACGAUGGAUUCCAUCUGCGUUGGAGGUGACACGUCUGGAUCAGGCACUCUCCAGCGAGGAAGAGGAUUAAAUGGCAUCACUUGCCCAGACGUCAUCACCGACUUGGCCUGAAACUGUCAGCUGGUUUUGUGGAGUUCUAACCAGCAGGACAGAAGAUCUGCCUUCCUGCCCAGAUGUCAGAGACUGAGUGCUGGGUUGGUUUGCAGUGAUGGGAAUGGAUGAACUGAAAGCAUUGUACAAACAAAAAAAAAACUUUGAAACAUGACAAAACACAAACAUACACCUACACGUCACAUAGAUUCUAGAUCCAAAGGCGUUGCAGACACACUACAUGCAAAACUACAGCAAAAUCAGUGCACAGUCGGUGACACUGGCUCUCCUUUAGAACCACAUCUGCACACCUGACAGGGCUACAUCAAUAUCAGAUCACAUAAACAGACACAAGCAUCAAGGCUCAACAGUAUAAAUGCCGAGCUGUGUAAAUAAUGUACAAGUUUGUGUUUUGGUUUUUCUCAUAGUGGGGUUUGCUUUAUUUCUCUGCUCAACAUGCCUUAAAUUGUAUAGUUCAGUUGUAAUGGCUACCUGAAAAUGUUCUCUAAAUGAUGAAUUUAAGUUGGAAAUCACCUUGAUGACUGUCCUCUAAAGUCAAAGAAUGAAAGCUUUCACAGUUUUCUGUAUUAACCUGCUUUACAAACCACCCUGAGAGUUGCUAGUUGGCUUCAGAUUAGAGAAGAAAGCGAUUUUUGGUUAAUCUUAGUUUAUUGGUGGUUGACUUUUGUUGCCCUUUUGGUUUCUUUAAAUGAAGAGUGGAUUUGUUCAGAUUUUCCUGUUUAAAUAAUAACUGAAGGUUCAGGCUUGAUAAAGGGCUUAAGUCUGUACUGUCUGGAGCUGAGCUGACAGGUUAAAUGAACAGAAUUGGCUUUAAACACUGACUGUUUGCUGUGAUUACUAUUGUUGGAUGCACUGCACUUGGCAAAACUAAACCAGAGUGACUGGUCCUCCCCAAAUGUAGGGGCUUUAUGUUCUCUUCUAACACUCCCAGGUUCUUACAUGUUUUGAAAGCUACAGGGUGCUUUUUACUGAAUGGUAAUGUCAGUUUAGACUUGCAUUAGAACUGAAAGCUUGCAUCAUUUGUAAUAUUUGAGGUGAGUCACAUCCUGGCUUUGUGUGUGUUUUUAAGGACUCAGAUCAACUGCGACUGAAAGGAAAUUUCAUGCAUCAAACAUUUGGGAAAGCAUCUUGUUCCUCGUGUGUAUAUCUAUUUGGAUUUGAGAGAUUGUUUUUAGUCAACUAGCAGUUUUUUUGUGGAUUUGAGAGCUAACCAUUAUGCAGUUUUUUAAUCCGGCUGGCAACAAAUCAUCAUUGAAAACCAGUUUAUGCUUGUAAUGCAUGUGUAAAUUGUAUAGCUGUGAGGUUUGAGUAGAAAGCUGACAUAGCUGUGUAAUCUGAAGUAGCUACAGAGGCCCCAGUAACUGUUGAAUUUAUACUGAAUCUAAACUUUAUGGUUACUACAUUAAGUGCUGUUAUAAUCAGUUGCCAAAACAAAGAAAUUGACUUCAAUCAUUAAAGUAUACUAUAAAGUUUCUUGUAUGCGAAUGACUUUUUAACAGAAGUCAUGUUUGAUAGCUUUUAACUGAUAUUGUGUGGUGUUAGUUGUUUUGUCAGCUUAUCUUUAAAGACUAAACCGUCAUUGAUGCUGUUUAUUUUUACUGCACUACACUUGCUUUUAAGAUUAAAUGCAAUAUUUUGUUUUGGAAAGCCUGAGGUGUUUGGCCACUGGCUGUGAAAAGAGCCUGCCACAGCCUGAUAGGAAGUCGGCCGCCUGGUUUAGUUUUACUCUGGUAUGUGUUUCUCCAACAGUGAUGCAAAAGAAGAAGAAAAGAUUUAUUUCCCUGUCAGCUCAGCUCCUUAACUUAAUGGGAACGAAUGUUGUUAAAAUGACAGCAUACAUGUAAUGAACCUGUUAUGAAAAAGAACAACUGAAAGACAUGUAAAUAGUUUGGCUUUUGUUUGAAGAACAAAAUAAAUACUGAAUAAAUAGCA